UCAAUAGUCCGAGUGUAUGUGAGUCAAGAAUGUAGUAUUUGAAUUGUGUAUGACCUGUUAUAUUUUGAUUUUGAUUCUUGGUGGGUGGAAAUCCUCGGCCAAAUAUCGAACAAGGGGGGCAACGGUGAUGUUCGUGAAAACCAUCUGACGAUGAAUUAUCCAAAAAAAACUAAGAAUUUUCUAAAGGUCAAAUGUUCAUAACAUUACCAAUAAUUAAGGGGAUUGCUCGAGGCUAUCAAUGUCAAUUCAAGGGUUGCUUGGCUUCGAUAUCGGACCUUGCCGGCCGGGGAUUGAACCAACAGCCAUAUAACCUGAGUUGAUCGCCGCAACUCCUACGUAAUCCAUACGUUCGAAACCCGAGGAAAAAUAAAGUGUAAUAUGAAUUACCUAAACUAUGUGCGCGUGCGCGCCUUUCGAGAUGGAACUUUUUCAACUGAAUUGUCAAUCGACCCAGUCGAAAGGAUCGUCUAGGAUAGAAUAGGCUAGACACCAGGCAUGUUGGAAGUAAUUGAGGUCUUUAAAAACUCCGAUAACCGCCGAACGAACACCGCUGGCUUCAGAAUAGACUUCUCCGGCGCCCGACGUGACUCUUUCAUCCACGCUCCGGGGAAAAACCCGGCCGUCGCGAUCAGUAAUUUCACUUUGACCAUUACAAAUGAUUUAGGUAUUGAUGGAUAUAAAUGAUACAAUCGAUGAGAUAAACAAACACAAAUUCAACAAAAUGGCAAGCGACAACAAGGGGAGACCCCCGUACCCGCCUUUCACGGCCGAAACUGCACAGAUCAAAGUGAAAGCCGCUCAAGAUGCUUGGAAUACCAAGAACCCGGCAAAGGUGAAGUUGGCCUAUACGCCGGACUCAGUCUGGCGUAACAGAGGCAUCUUCGUUCAGGGACGGGACGAGAUUGAAGUCUUCCUGACCAAGAAGUGGGAGCGCGAGCAGGGAUACAGACUUCGCAAGGAGUUGUUCGCCUUCACUGACAACAAAAUUGCUGUCCAAUUUUGGUACGAGUGGUAUGAUGCUGAGGGGCAAUGGUGGCGUACCUAUGGACUUGAGGAUUGGACUUUCGCCGAGGACGGCUUGAUGAGAAAGCGUCAGAUGAGCGGAAAUGACGUUAAAAUCACCCACGAGGAGAGAUGGUAUAAGGAUGGCGUGGAUGUGAACACGGUCCCCAUUUCAGAGAAGCAUUGGUAAAAGGGGACGAGCUUCCGAAAACGAGUCUUUGGAAUAGUAUACAGUCAUUGCAAUUCCAAUAAAAGUCUUUUCUUAGAAUUCUAGCCUCAUAUAACCAACACUAUCCCAAGGAGAAAUGCCAGAGAAUCAGAUUAAGGAGGAAAUACUGAAACAGCAUCUCCCCUCAGCUUUCGUAUGAUAUGAUUCAUUAGUCGCGCCCAUACAGUGUUUAACCAUGGGAAUAGAGCCGCAGGUUCAUCCUUGUAAUGAAAUUCCUAUUCCCGUGAAGUGUUGGCAUUGCAGACUGACAUUUUCAGGUACCAGCCACAUGGUCUAGUCUCGACCACAUGGCAUUUACCC